AUGCCUUUUCCCGAAGUCAUAGAUACUCGGUCAACUAUCAGUGCGCCAGCAGGCAAACACGAUAAACACGAUAAUGAGGAUGUUCCCGAUUUUACAGAGUUUAAACUUGAAGGCUUUAAAAUGAACUCGUCGUCCGAGAUCACACCAGCACCUCAUAGACUUCGAGAAGCUCGUCGUUCUCUUGUGCUGUAUUUAGAACCUAACCCUGGUACACCCAUACAGACUUCUCUUCAAGCAUACCAAGAUAAAACAUUUGUCGAAUUUGGUCCUAACCAAGCACAUAAUACACAACCUCAUAUUUCUAUCCUUGGACGCAUUCUAAUUGAACGUGGCUCUGAUUUUAGUACGAAAUGGAGUACAGUGGAAGAGUUGAUAGAAACCAUAGACCGAGAAAUUAAAAAACACCACCUUAGACCACCUGAAUUCACAGGCUUCGAGAUCUUUGACAAGCCAACAAAGUCACUUGUGAUGAAUGUCAGAUUAAAUAAAGACUAUGGCUAUCUGACACGAGAAAUUAUCAACCAAAUGAAGAACAAAUGCAGCGUAUUAGAAGCCAGCCCAAUGGAUCGACUUCACCUUGCUUAUAACGUACUCAAGUCAGUAUCAAAGCCUACAUUAAAACGAAUGAAAGACAAAGCAGAAGCUACAAUUGAUUUCUAUGAUUGGGUAAAGACAGGUGGAUCUUGGCGACUUACACUUUAUGAAGUCAUGGUAGAAAGUCAAGUUGUAGGUGUUCGACAUCAAAUGACAGAGCUAAAGUCAUGGCCUAUUCAGACCAUUCAAACCAAUGAAUUCAAACUUUCGUCUACUUUGCCUGUCUCUCUCCGUGUCAAACUUUCGUUUAUAUCUUCUUGGUUUAAAAAUUCGACUUUUAUGUCUGCAAAAAAAAUUGUCAUGGCUCAACAACCUACGAAUGCCAUGGUCUUGCGUAAUAAAAAAUCUUCUGAUUGCUGA